UUUCUCGUUGUCGUCGCGCGAACUUUUCAGGACCCAAAAUGAAGGGCGGUUACCGGUGCGCUGUUGCCAUGGCGACAGUUUUCGCCGUCGUCGCCCUGCUGUGUUGCCAAAUAAACGCGAGUUGGGACGAGGAAUUGAAGAAUUUGAGCGAGCUGGUGGAUGAUUUUACGCCAUUUGGGGCUCGUUGCCACCUCAUGUACGAAGGCAAAGGUGACUUUGAGCGCUUCAAUGGCUGUUUUCGGAAUGCUACGGAGCGUCAUGCGUACCUCAACAUCUUUUCCUCUCAGCCUCAGUCUGCCAAGUACGGAAUCAACCAAUUCUCUUCCCUCUCACCCAAGGAAUUCCGAGAUUUGUACCUGCGAGCAACCUCUGAGCGCACUACGCCGUUCCUCAGGGCCAAGGCUAAGGAGCUGCCGGCCAAAUUUGACUGGAGGGACCGAGCAGUGGUGGGGCCUGUCCAGAACCAGCAAGCAUGCGGCAGCUGCUGGGCGUUUAGCGUGGUGGGCGCCGUGCAGGCGGCCAAUGCCAUCGCGGGCUCGCGGCUGGAGGAACUCAGCGUGCAGCAAGUGGUGGACUGCUGCUUUCAAAAUGGAGGCUGCAACGGAGGUUCUCCGACCAAAGCCCUCCUCUGGUUGCGGACGACCAAAGUGAAACUGGUGCCACAGUCGGACUACCCCUACACGGCCAAGAACGGAAUGUGUCACUUCUUUCUCCAGUCUCAACGGGGCGUUGGCGUGGGGAACUUCACUGCGCACAACUUCAGCGGUCAGGAGGAGGCCAUGAAGGCUGAGCUGGCGGAGCGAGGUCCUCUGUCCGUCGUCGUGGACGCGGUCAGCUGGCAGGACUACUUGGGAGGAAUAAUCCAGCACCACUGCUCCAGUCGCUGGCCCAACCACGCCGUGCUGCUGGUGGGGUACGAUGCCACAGGGGAAAUUCCUUUCUGGAUAGUGCAGAACUCCUGGGGCAGAGACUGGGGCAGCGAGGGUUACGUAUUCACAUCCCCUUUUAAGAUGGAGUGUCUGCUGUGGUUGUCAUCAAACCCUGUGGGAUCAACAUUAAUAUUCUCUUUGCGUCGUCUGUUGCCAGGCAUCGCGGAUUCUGUGGCGGCCGUGUUCGUUUGACAUAAUGCAAAUAAAUCACUUUACAAGGGCGUCAAUGCUGAGCUUUAUUUAGGCAUACAUAAACACACUGAAAAUACAGACAAAUACUA